AGUGCAUUUAACAGGAAACAGCUACAACAGUCUGGGAUUUAACAUGGAGAAGAUCCUGAAAGCUGAACUGAAGACUUCCCUUCUGAAGGCAUUUGGCAGCUCCGGAGGAGGGUGCAUUAGCCAAGGCCAGAGCUAUGAAACCGACAGUGGGCGAGUGUUUGUUAAAAUCAAUCACAAGCCUCAGGCAAGAAAAAUGUUUGAAGGUGAAAUGGCAAGUUUGGAGGCUAUUCAAAAGACCAACACCCUGAGAGUACCUCAGCCCAUUAAAGUGAUUGACCUGCCCGGAGGAGGUGCAAUGUUUGUCAUGGAGCACCUGAAGAUGAGGAACCUCAGCAAGUAUUCUGCAAAGCUUGGGGAGCAGGUAGCAGAUCUUCACCUUUACAACCAAAAACUUGGAGAGAAAUUAAAGAAGGAAGGAAACACAAUCGGUGCAGGGCGUGCUGAGCCUCAGUAUGUGGAUAAAUUUGGAUUCCAUACAGCAACAUGCUGUGGCUAUAUACCACAGGUGAAUGAAUGGCAGAGUGAUUGGCCUACUUUCUUUAUCCGGUACCGACUCCAAGCUCAAAUGGAUUUGAUUGAGAAAGAUUAUGGAGACAGAGAAGCAAGAGAACUGUGGUCACAACUUAAAGUGAAGAUUCCUGAGAUGUUCUGUGAUGUGGAGAUUGUUCCUGCUCUCCUUCAUGGGGACCUCUGGGCUGGAAAUGUAGCUGAGGAUGACUCUGGUCCCAUUAUCUUUGACCCUGCUUCCUUUUAUGGCCAUUCAGAAUUUGAGUUAGCAAUUGCUGGGAUGUUUGGUGGCUUUAGCAGCUCUUUCUUCUCUGCCUACCACAGUAAAAUCCCUAAAGCUCCAGGGUUUGAGAAGCGAAACAAAUUGUACCAGCUCUUUAAUUAUAUAAACCACUGGAACCACUUUGGGACAGGGUACAGGGGGUCUACCUUAAACGUAAUGAGAAAGCUCUUAAAAUAACCACGUAGAGAGUAUUUCUCAAACAAAAUCUCACAUGGUAUCAGAGUAAUUCAGAUUCCCUACUUGUUGACAGUAACACAAGCCAGGAUGAGUGAAAAGCUGCUAAGAAACUACACAGCAGACAUAAAAGGUUAAGGUGGUAUAUGUACACUUUUGAGCCCCACUAAAUGCUUGCAGUAGUUGUGUAAUUUAUGUAUUACUGACUAAUUCACUAGCACAUUACUCAUACACCGGGGAGGUAAAACAUUGUGUACAGCCUGUUGUUAUGACGGUGACCAGGUCUGCAAAGAGAUCUGAUUUAUAGCCUAAUCUCACCUCCAUUGGCUAUCCCAGAUCUACCUAGGAUGCUGCUUUCCCACUCAUUUUACCACUUCUACUGCUGCCCUGUGAGCAGCUCCUUGUUCAGUAGUGGGAUUCUGAUACUGGAAAUUAUCAUUUCCUUUUCUCCUUUAGUUUUCUACUUUCCUCUCCUUCCUCUGUUCUUCUUUUCCCCCCUACAAUUCUUUCAGUGUUUUUUCUCCUUCUCUUCUGAAGGUUCUGGUCCAGUUACUAUGGAAGUCAAUCAGAGUCUUUUUGGCUUUAACACUAAUCACACUACACUGUGCAAUUCUGUGUGAUACAAUUUCUUACAUUUAUGUUAAUUAAAAAUAAUUUUCUUCUGAUUUUUUUUUGUUACUUUCUACCAAAAAAAGGCAGUUAAAUUAAUACUCCCUAAAAGUAGGUUCUGCGUUUACGGAAGAAUGAAAUACCUGGGCAGAAAGUGUAUUUUCACUAUACAAGAGAUUGAUGAAAAUACAUUUGGUUUAAAUCAACCAUUAAAAAACACACCAAAUCCCUCUCUACAGUAUAAUAAUCCUGGGUGUUUGAGAACAGUAAAUUAGCAAUGAAGGACACAUGUUGAUUGGUGUUUGAUAAAUGUUAAAGUUAUACAGAAUUAGUAUAUUGCAGACAAAGUCAGGCUAGCGCAUCAUUGCUGAUUUACCGAUAUGACAAAGUCAGAAUGUUUGGGUUAAAAAGUUACUCAUUUUGAUUAUUCCUGCUUAGAGUCCCUCAAUUCUUUUUUGACGUUUGAUUCUUUUUUAAAAACAAAUUCUCAUUGAUUUUGUUUUCUUUAAAAAACAAAACAAAUGUAGGGUCAGCAGCUCAACAGCGUGAGCAGCAGUACAAGUAAUCAAUCUACUUAAAUACAUGAGAAUUUAAGGAAGUAAUUACAACUGUAAUAUCACAAAUUCAUAUUUUAGUAAGCAACUGUGCGUGCAGAAUCAUAGUUAUGUUUUAGACUGUGAUGAGUUUUAAUGACCAAUAAGCAAAACAUUUGGUCCAAAAUGCCAAAUACGUUUUGCCAAUUUUGUUUUAGCUUUAAUUCUACCAUUAUGAAUUACACUUUGAAAAAGAAUACCUUUCCAAAAAAAGUGAUUUAUCAUAGAUAGUGAAAAAUGUAGAUGGAUUUUAUCUGUUUUUGAAUGUUUUCUAUUUUUUUUUAUUGUUAAUUUAUAAAAUCUAACCUUAAACUCUUAAAAACCUUGGACAGGAAUGAAGUGAAUUCUGUAUAAAUGAACAGAAUAAAAAGAUCAAAUUAGAAAUCAUACUUCCUCUGAAUUCGGAGAGUAACAAGGCAAAAUUAUGGCAGUAACUGAAGUGGAAUACUUGCUAUGCUUAAAAUUGAAAGGUGGAGUAAUCUUGUUGAUGUAAGAAAUUUUAUACUGCAACUAUUCAGGUGCAGGAUUCAGGUCUGACACAAUAGGAAAGUUCAUGAGAGCUAAUAUUUCUUAUAUGAGAAAUAAAAUACAUGUACUAUGCUAUAAAGUACUUGUGAAAUUAAAAUAUGUGCACAUCAAAUAAAGUAAAAAUGCUUGCAUUGCAUUAACUGGA